UAUUAAUGAUGUACAAUAGCUCAGGCUGUUAUGGCUCAAAUUUUGCUGCCAGAGUUUCUUUAGAACAAGAAGAAACCGUCUUUUGUGCUGGAUGGGCCAGAAGUUCAAGUUUGAUGCUGCCAUCAAGGGGAAGUGAAGCUCAACACGGAUGGGUGUUGUAUGAUUUCAAUGGAAAAACCGGCUUCUGGGGACUGCACAGGUGCAUGGAUCCUGGAUUACUAUACGAAGUUAUCAAGCGGAUCCAGCAGAGUCAGAGCUAUGGGCCAUAUACUAUGGCCUCACUAUCAUUGUGGAAAAAGGUUCUAUUCAACAUGUCAAGAUUGAGAGGCUCUGCUAUUGCACACCAUCAUGCUGCCUUAAUGGAGGACUCAAGGAUGCUCAUGACCCGAACUAGAGCCUCUCAUGCUCGCAUCUGCCAAAAUGUCAAUCGAAGUGUUGAUAAUCUUGCCAAGCUUGGAUGCGAACAUGACGAAAACUUGGGGUUGACAUGACAUUCCAGCUUUGAUGAUGCUGUUUAUCCGCGAGGAUUACCUGGGGGUUGGCUGCCUCUAGGGUUGAUUAAGUUUUUAUGUUGUUAUUGGCUACUCUCGGACUCUGCCUUCCUGUAGUCCUUGUGACUCUUCAGUUAUGUAUUACUCACUUCUUUUGAUA